GGUCGGGCCGGGUCGGGCCGGCAUGUUCGUCUCCUCCGUCUCCUCCGGCCGCUGACAACCGGAGCCAUGAGGAUCGGCCCCGACAGCCACCUCCCGGCCCGCAAGGUGCAAGGGAAAAAUGAGAAAAGCAAACCAUUUCUGAAAAUGAUGAAAAAUGAUGCCAAUAAACAAGAAAAGCUGAAGUACAAGCCACUUUGGGGCAAAGUGUUUUAUCUGGAUCUACCCUCGAUCCUGACCGCCGAGAAACUAGAAAUGGAUCUGAAGGAAUUGGGAGGGAGAGUCGAAGAAUUUCUCAGCAGAGAUAUCAGUUACCUAAUUUCCAGUAAAAAGGAAGCAAAAUUCGCCCAGAUGUUUGGACGGAUUUCUCCAGUCCCAAGUCCAGAAUCUGCAUAUACUGGAGGAAACAGUUCCCCUGAUCCCAGCUACGAUGGAAAUUCAGUUAAGACUUUGGAUGCGGUGUGCGUGAGCCGAGGAAAAUUGUUAGUUGAAAAAGCUAUCAAAGAACAGGAUUUCAUUACUCCAAAUAGUAUAUUAUCAAAUGCCUUAUCCUGGGGAGUGAAAAUUCUCCAUCUUGAUGAUAUUAAAUGUUACAUUGAGCAAAAGAAGAAAGAAUUGUGUUUGAUUAAGAAGUCAAGUUCCUCUGUCAGAGAAGAGGACAGACUGCUUGGUAAUCGGAAAACAAAAACAGGAAGACUCAAAAAGCCAUUUGUGAAAGUGGAAGACGUGAAACGCCAUUACAGGCCAUUUUACCUUCAGUUAGCCGAUACGCCUCUCCUAAAUUAUUCCACUUCUAAGCCCUGCAGUCCAUUCGAUGCGGAUAAGACUACUUGUGUUCAAAAGCCGACUCAAGCAAAAUUGAGAAACAGAGCAGAUGGUGGACUUCUAGCUCCAGUUCCUCUGAAAGAGAAGAAAAAGAAAGGCUAUUGUGAAUGCUGUUUACAGAAAUAUGAAGAUCUUCAAACGCAUCUUGUAAGCGAGCAGCACCGAAAAUUUGCCCAAAGUACCCGUUACCAAGUUGUCGAUGAUAUAAUAUCCAAAUUAGUUUAUGAUUUUGUGGAAUUCAGAAGUGAUGAACCAAGGAGGGAAAGUAUACAAUCCACUCUCAAAUACUUUGUUCCUACCCUCGGAAACCUCCUCAGAAAGGGUGAGGAUCAAGUAGAAUCGCAAAAGGUUUCCCAGUCAGGCCUCUGGAGACCUGUUCCAGCACCCUUGAGGAAACAGGACUUUGGGGAUACAGAAGACGCACCGAGUUCUUCCGUAAAGUUUGGGGUUACGGCGGAACCUUUGAGCUCAACGGUUAAAUUCAAGAAAAAUUUUGACAGUGGCCAAGCUUGCCUAGUCAGAGCAGCAAAGAAAGCCGUUGUGCCCAGUUUUGUGCAACUACAUCACCCCGAGGAGAAUCCAGGUACUAAAGGACCCUCUUUUGAGAGUCCUGAACAGAAAGACUGUGAGAGUCGAGACAGAGGGUUCUGUGCAUGUAUUGUGAAUACGUCCGCCCAAGUGUCCGCCUUGAAUGAAAGCCAUCUAAUCCUGUCCCAGAUGAAACGGAAAUCCGGCGAAAUACUCUUUCCCGGGAAAACAUUGAAAAAGAUGAACCUUAAUUCGAGCUUUACACUAAGCCACGAGGACAAGAAUCCUUUACGAGAAGAAAGUCAGAGGCCUCUAACGGCGAGCACAACCCCUGGCAUGGUGAACCAAGACCCCAAAGAAUUCGGCUUCCCAAGUACGGACAGUUUGCCUUUGGAAGAGCUGUGGGAGAAAGCGGAAGGGCACUUAGGAAGAAGUAAAGAGACGAGACAAAGAAAGGUGGCGGGAUCACACGGAUCUGAUCGGCUUCCCGGAGCAGAAGGAGAAAGAACUGUCCUUAGUUCAAAAAAGCAGUCUUUACUGGAAUUAUUUCAGACCAGCGAAAAGAAUUCAGAUUUUGGGGGUUUCACAGAUUUUUCCAAAAACAGUGACUCGUACGUCUGGGAAGGAGAAAAUAAUCUGGUGCCAGUGUUUCUCUCUUCCUCUACCUCCACGUUUCCUGGAUUUUAGUGGCUUUACAGUUUUACAGCCGUGACUUUGGGAGCAAAUUGCAUCACAUUCUUGAAAGUAUUUUUUUAAUGACGAUACUGGGUAAAAAUGUCUUUAAAAAAGUUUGAUGUUUAAAGACCCCCUAUCCCCUCCGACCCUCAGUGUAAAAAGAUUCCAGUAUCUUUCAUAAAGAACCGUAUUACCUUUAAAAAGAUAAAUUUGGUUGUCAGGUGAAGGCAGGAGCCAGUUUUGUCUUUCUUAGCUGGCAACUAAAGUGCAUACUACAUAGAUAAUUGCAUUCUAAGAAAAAUGUUUCUAAAUAAAUGGUUAAAACCA